CUCCUCUCCCGACCAAUGGGGAGCCGAGGGAGGUGGCGUCGCGGCGGAGGGGAGGCGAAAGCGGAGCGGGGAGUCUUUUUCCUGCUUCUGAGGGGAAAGCGAGAGAGGCCGCUGGCGCCGGGGGACGCGCCCGAGAUGCCGGUGCGGAGCGCCUGCCCAGGCUGCCCUCCUCCGGCAGCCAGCGCCGCCUCGGCCUCUUCUUCGGCCUCCUCCUCGCGCCUCGAGCCGCCGCCGCCCAUCAACACGGCGCAGCCCGGCGUCAGCACCAGCCGCCUCUACAGCGGCGCCAAGUUCCGCGGGCAGCAGCGCUCCAAGGGCAACGCCUACGAGGUGGAGGUGGUCGUCCAGCAUGUGGACAUGGAGAAUUCCUAUCUUUGUGGAUACUUGAAGAUUAAAGGCCUUACGGAGGAAUAUCCGACCCUUACCACCUUCUUUGAAGGGGAAAUAAUCAGUAAAAAGCACCCAUUUUUAACGCGGAAGUGGGAUGCAGAUGAAGAUGUAGAUCGUAAACAUUGGGGGAAAUUCCCAGCCUUUUACCAAUAUGCGAAAACAUUUAAUUCUGAUGACUUUGGUUAUGAGGAUCUGAAGAAUGAUGACUUUGUCUUCAUGAGGUGGAAGGAACAGUUCCUGGUCCCUGAUCACACCAUCAAAGAUAUCAGUGGUGCUUCCUUUGCCGGGUUUUAUUACAUAUGCUUCCAGAAAUCUGCGGCAUCUAUAGAGGGCUAUUACUAUCACAGGAGUUCAGAAUGGUAUCAGUCCCUGAAUUUGAUGCACGUCCCUGAGUACAGCGCACCCAUUUACGAAUUCCGGUGACAGCGAUACCGAGAGUGGCACCAGGAGAUGGACCGCGAGGCCAGGGAGAGAGAGCGAAAGAGAGAGAGACGGGGAGAGAGAGAGAGCAUGCUCUGUUAAGACAACUGUGAUGUCCCUGUCAGGACAGGAGACUUGGGGCUCUCCUCCUGCCAGGCCACCGGACUGGCGCAAGAUCAUGACUGUGGAGCUGCCAGAGACUGACCCUCCCUCCAGCUAUGUGGCAAAUUUGAUACUCUGAACGGGUUUUUAAAGCUACCGUUUUGAUGCACUUUUUCUUUUUUGGUAUUGCACAGCUAAUCUCUUUUUCUUUUUAUAUAAUUUUCCCACCCACAGUUCUUUCCUCCUGCCCCUCUUUUGGGGAAGGAAUUGGCUGUGCUGAGCUGGGUUUUCCUUUGAACGUGAGGAAGCCAAAGUUGCUGCCUGCUUGUGCCCAUCCAAGCUUUGGGUUUUCUAUUUAAUGUCAGUGAUUUGUGUGCCCUGUGCCCACAUAAGAGGGUGGAGGAGGGCCUAUCAAGUUGCGUUCCUAUUGGUUGACAAGGCUGCCUCUCUUGGGAAUGUCAGCCUGUCCCAGGCCAUUGGGAUUUACAGAGUAUGUGAAAGGAAGACAAAAAAUAAUAACUCACCAAGGACUGCUUUUGAAAAGCACUUGAGUGCUAUUCCAAUAGCCUGUCUUUUCCAAAGACUAGGAAUUCUUCCUCAUUACAGUUUUACCGUGUUUUUUUAAAAUUAAAAGCCGGUGUUGGUGGUGAUCUAUCUGUGUUAACAGCUUUGCGGUGUUGCCACCUGCUCAUCCCAGACUUUUGUGGUGGCUCCUAACAUACGCACAUGCUACGGAAAAUAUUCGAUGUUUGCUGUCGGAGAAAAAUACUUUCCGUUCAAAAUAAUAACAGUAAUAAUAAACUGCUCUUCCAGGACUUUGAGCUGUUCCAUAACGUGGGGCUUGUGUGCCAAAGUGUGUGCGUGCGGGGGGGCUCUGUGUGUCUAUAUGCAUGCAAGUCUAACAGUUGCUGUUUUCUUCCAAGCUGCUACUGUCAAUGGAGGGAUGGGUUGACCUGUUUUUUGGAUGGUUGUCACUAUCCUGCUGUUGGGUUUUGCAAGGUGAGAAUGAGGUUGGAUCGACACUGCCAUGUAAUCCAGUUUCUGAUCCCAUCAUAUCUGUUUUGUAUGGGAUUCUAUGAGCCUGCACUGCCAUAUCAUCCAUUUCAAAGCAGAUAAUCUGGGAUCAGAAACUGGAUUAUAUGGCAGUGUCGAUGAGGCCUGAGAUGUUCAGUCCCUUGCAGAAAAAGGCUAGCCCUUUGCAAACCUCCCCCCCCCCCUUGAAAGUUUCUGGGAUUUAUAGGAUAGUCUCGCACAGCGCUUAUAAGAGAAGUUGCUUUGAAAGGUGAAGCUAGAUCAUGGCUGCCUUGAUUGCACUCUUAUCUGACUUGGUAGCCUCAUGGCUGUACCUAAUGGCUCACCCUUGAAAAAAGUAACUGGUCGGCUGAGCUGCCUCUGUGUUUGCAUCCCAGGGCCUCCUGCGAGUUUUGAUAGUGAAGUGAAGUUUAACUUCAGGUUGUGAUAGCGAGUGUGAAGUUCACUUUUUGUUCUAGUGGAGAGAAAACAAGUUUCUAGUCCUCAAGAAAAUGUGGAUGCUUUAGAACGCGAGAAAGACAGCUGGAUAAAGUUUCCAGGGGAAGUGGUGGAGAAAGUCUCCCUUAGCUCCUUGUUUUAUUUUUUCCUCUUGGCUAGUAAACAUAAAUUAGUAAGGAAAAAUAAGCAAUGGGCUGGCAUUCCUUGAAGAGAUGGCAAAACCCCCUCUUCCUUGCUGCAGAUUACUGUAUAAUGUUUUCAUAGUGCACAUUUUCCAGAGCUAAGCAGCAGAAAGCGGGAGAAGAAACCAAGCCCUAAUUAGUCUUGGAAUUGCUACUUUUUGCCCCCUUUUAGUGCAGGCUUCCAGUCUGCAUUCCCUUUCCAACUCUGUGCUGUGAGUUGUAGUGGCUGCAAGCACUGAUCCAAUGUGGGUCAUGGCUGGUGCGUAAGCAUUAGAACAAAUGCUUGCUUUUGCUGCUGGGAGGAGAUGGCUGUAGAAAGUGAGAUUUGGAAGCAAGUUCUGAGUGGAAGCUUUUCAAAAGAGAGUUGCAAAAUUUUGCUCCAUGCUGGGGGUUAGCGUCCAGUGAGAUGUGUGGGAUUUCUUCCCUAAAAAAUUCCAGAGAAUUUAGGUUUGCUUUGUGGAUGGACACCCUGUGGCAGGCUGGCUUUUGGUCCUCAUCCUCUUUUAUCAGGAGAUGAAUUGGGGCUUCCGUACAUAGAAAUGAGGAUAGUCUUGGUGGGGUUUGUGUUCCUUUCUGCUGCUUUUAUUUUUGGUCCAUAAACGAGCUGUCCACGCACAAUUCUAGAAGUUCUUGAGUGCCUCAGAGCUACUAUACCAGAUUAUUCCCCCAUAUUGAACCUUUCCAGCUUUCUUGCUCAGAUAGGCUCUGUGCAAAAGACGGAACUAACUGUGUGCCUUUGUUUAAUUUAGCUUAAAGCGACACAAUGUGUCCUUUUCGCAACCUGAGUUUUUAAAAGGCUGCUGAUCCCUGGAGGAAGCAAGUGCUUUCCUGGAGAGGAUAACUGCAGAUCAUCUAAACGGGUUUGGCUCCUUAAUAAAUUAAAAGAGAGACCCCACAUAAGUUAGGUUUCUUAUACAGGAAUUGCAGUGUGAAGAAAAGGAAACAUUUUGAGCAGGAAGCCAAGCACUUGGUGGAUGGAACCCCUCUCAAACUAUGUUUUGCUUCAAGUUUGUUGGUAAAUUUGAAGUCAACUGAAGUCCUUUUAUUUUGCCUAUAUUGUUUGAAUAUAAGCAGCCAAAGGUGUCACAUAAAGGGGCUUGAAUUGAACCCAUAAGAUGUCGAAUCCUGCCUUUUAAGGCUUGGGGUUUUCUUUCAGUCUUCUUCAAGUUAAAAGAGUAUGAGAAUAUGAUACUGCUGUGAUGUUGGAUGUGGUGGCAAAGUCAGUAAAAAAUGGAAGCAGUAUGGAUAGGGUUUUUAAGGUGCUUGAACACAUUUUAUACAUUAUCUUAAACCUCUUCUCGGCCACAGAAUCAAAGUGUGAGAUGUUGGUUUCAUAAUAGUAGCAACCUGCUAAAGGAUAUCUCUCUAAACAGGCGUUGAGAAUGCAAAGAACCCUCUCAUUCAUGUUGUAUCAGGAUUUCCUCUUCCUAAACAAACUUGGCAUUACCUUAAAACUGGUCCAGUGUCUGUCCUGUCUUAAUAUGGGAGGCAAACAAUGCUCUGAAUAGCUUCCCAGAAACCUAAGAUGUGCUCUUUGGAAAGUAUGGUGCCCAUUCUCUACUUUUGUACUAGACAUAACAGAUAAAGAGGAGCAAAUAUGUGCUGCUGGGUUUUUUUUCCCUUUGCUUUUUAAAGGCAGGUCUCCUUUUCCCCCCUUCGAGCCUUGAACUUUGGUUUCCUCCCCUCUUUCAAUGAAAUAUCAGAUGUUAAAACAAAGAGGGCUUCAGGGACACGGCUCCUACAGCAGAGCGGCUUGUCAUAGGCAGGACAGCUUCCGUGGGGGAAUCUUCCAAAAGCUAUUAAAACAAGUUUUAUAAAGCUAACUUUGUAAAUCAGAAUAUUUGAGAGUAUUUAUGAAUGAAUGGCCGAUAAGGGACUGUGAGUUUUCCAGAGUUAUCAAUGUCCAGAUUAAAAGAACAUGUAUUUAA